UUCUCCAUCCCCACAAAAAAGAAAGGCAAAAAGCCGAAGAGAAUGAGAGAGAGAGAGAGAGAGAGAGAGAGGGAGAGAGAAACCAUUAUAAUGGCGGACCCGCAGCGGUGGUGAGAACAAUUCCAACGAUUCAUCCAUAAACAAUCAUUAAUUGCAUAGCUUUUUGUUCAAAUUCCAAAUCCGAGAAGAUACAGGCACAGCCAAGUUCCGGUUCUCGUGGGAUGGAGGGGAGGAACAGGUACUUGGAUUUGCUCUGCCUGGCCUAAUUUCUUUUCGAUUUCAAGACUCUUUUGAGGACUUCUCGGUUGGAUUGAACUUGUGGAUGGGUGAUUGUUGGCAUAUAGUUAGGAGUUUUUGUUAAUAGCUCAAAGAAUUCUAUUAAAAUUUAAAUAAGCCAUGGCUCCUGGAAGCAGUACCUGCAAAAAAGUAGAUUCUCACCCUUCAGUUUCUGGUCAUGACAUAGCAAUAUCUAAAUCAGAGAAUAAUCCUACAACAUCAAAAGCCUCACUUGGUUUGGGUGGGAAACUUGGAGUUUAUUCAACCAAUGGUGUGCAAGAAUUGCUAGAGUGCCCUGUCUGCACAAAUCUGAUGUACCCUCCAAUUUACCAGUGCCCGAAUGGCCACACAUUGUGCUCAAACUGCAAGAUCAGAGUUAGCAACUCUUGCCCAACCUGUCGUCACGAACUCGGAAAUAUAAGGUGCUUGGCAUUGGAGAAGGUAGCUGAGUCGCUGGAAAUCCCUUGCAGAUACCAGAACUUGGGUUGUCAAGACAUUUUUCCUUACUACAGUAAGCUUAAGCACGAACAACACUGUCGAUUCCGUCCUUACAACUGCCCUUAUGCUGGAUCAGAGUGCUCGGUCACGGGUGACAUCCAGUCUCUUGUUGCUCAUCUCAAAGAUGAUCACAAGGUUGACAUGCAUGAUGGGUGUACCUUCAAUCAUCGCUAUGUGAAAUCAAAUCCACAUGAAGUCGAAAACGCCACAUGGAUGCUAACGGUUUUCAACUGCUUUGGAAGGCAGUUCUGCUUGCAUUUUGAGGCAUUCCAGCUAGGAAUGGCACCUGUUUACAUGGCGUUCUUACGAUUCAUGGGUGACGAUAAUGAAGCGAAGAAGUUCAGCUACAGUUUGGAAGUCGGUGGCAACGGGCGAAAACUGAUAUGGCAAGGAAUUCCAAGGGGCAUCCGCGACAGUCACCGAAAAGUUCGUGACAGUCAAGACGGUCUCAUCAUUCAAAGAAACCUGGCACUGUAUUUUUCAGGAGGGGAAAGGCAAGAGCUGAAGCUGAGAAUCACAGGCCGAAUAUGGAAGGAAGAAUAAGAACGAGGACGAGGACGAUGCCGCGGUGUUGAGGUAAAUGUAUUGUUGUACAGUCAAAACAAGCUUGUUAGGCCAGCAGAGCAGGGGUUUGCUCCAAGUGCUGAAGAAGCUUUUGGUGAAACUUCCAAGCUAAUAUAAAAAGUGUAAUCUCUUACCAAAUGAAUUAGAAAAGCAUUUUGCUGCCUCAUGUUUUAUGUAUUUAAGGGAAGUUUCUCCAUGUCUCUUUUUUUGGUAUAAUUGAUGGGUUUCUUAUGGCUUGUUCA